CGAUGCUCUCCUCCAGCCCUAUCCUCCUCCUCCUCCUCCUCCUCCUCCUCUUCCUCCUCCCUCCAUCUCUGGGGUGUCAGACCAGCUCCUUCACCGAGUGUCAGAACGCUCCAUUUGUCCCGGGUCACAACCUGGCCGGUGAGGGUUUCGACGUGGUGCUGAUGAAGACCAGCGGAGCCAGCGUGGUCGACGUCAAGAACUUCAUGGUGGGAGGAGUCGAGGGGAACUGCACCACGUGCCACAACCACCUCUUGAAUCAGACCCAGAAACUCCCGUUGUCCGUGCUGGACUGGAGGAUAAAGGUGAACUGCCGGCGUAGUCUGAGCGCCAAGGUCUUUGAGUCGAGCCAGUCAGUCAUGAAAGAGACGAGUAAUUCUCUUUCAACAAGCUGGAAGGUGGGUCUCACUUUGCCUGGAAUUGGAGGAUUUGCAACCGGAGGUUCACACUCCACAAUGUCAAAAUUUGCAGAGAGUCGCAGCAAGACAGACAAGUUCUCCUUCGCCACCCACAGUUUUAACUGCAAAUACUACUCCUUCCGUCUCCACGCCCGCCCUCCUCUGAGUAAAGAGUUUCAAGAUUCCCUCAAGGACCUCCCCUCCACACGCCACCACAAGAACACCUCGGCUUUCAAACACUUCAUCGCCAUCUAUGGGACGCACUUCAUCCGCAGGGUCCAACUCGGGGGCCGUGUGAACUCCAUCACCGCCAUCCGGACCUGCGAGGCCUCCAUGAGCGAGAUGUCAGUCCGCACCGUCAGCACCUGCCUGAGCGUGGAGGCUAGUGUCACGAUAGGCAUCUCUUUCAGUUCAUCCUUAAAGUUCUGCAAGUCAAAGAGCAAGAGCCUGAAAACCGGAUCAACCUUCAGCCAGGCCUUUUCUGACCGGACCACAGAGGUUCAUGGAGGGGACGGGGAUGUUGGGGACAUCAUGUUCAGCCCGAACAGUGCCGCCGAGUACAAGAAGUGGCUGAAUUCCCUGAAGAGGGUCCCAGGUGUGGUUUCCUACCAGAUCAGCCCACUGCACCUGCUGGUGACGGACAACCCCGUCCUCAAAUCUAACCUACGUGACGCCAUCAGCGACUACAUCAGCAAGAGUGCCAGGCCGCUCGACUGCCCGGCUCGCUGCAAGAUUGGCAGCCGAAACCAGAACUGUGCUUGUCGUUGCCAAGGACACCAAAUGGUCAACUUGGAGUGCUGCCCUAGAGAGCCUGGCAUCGCCCGGAUGAACGUGACGGUGAUCCGGGCAGAAGGACUUUGGGGGGACAAUUUCUCUAAGACAGACGGAUACGUUAAGGUUUUCUAUGGUAACCAAGGAGCGGUUACGCCGGUGAUCUGGAACAACGACUUCCCGUCCUGGAACUACCUCAUUCGCUUUGAAACGGUCAACCUUGAUCGCAGGCAGCCUAUCCGCUUUGAGGUUUGGGACCGGGACAACCGCUGGAACGACAACUUGCUGGGCCAGGUGGACGUCAUCCCCACGUCGGGAAAAAACAUCGCCAAGAGCUUACGCCUGAAACACGGCUUGCUGUCCGUCCGUCUGUCUGCGGUAUGUGCUCCCAGCCUGCAGGGAUCCCUGUGUGAGCAGUAUGCCCCCUCGCCGACCUACGAGGGCGUGAUGGGAUACACAAAGGAGGACCAGGAGCACCACUGGGACUCAGGGAGGUCAGGUCAUCAUGAGAGCGUCUUGCUUUGAGAAUCUCUUCAGGCUGUUUAUCAUUGGAAACAUGUUUGUUUAAAAAGAAAAAAGUUAGAUCACCUGUCAAUGCUCCUAAUGCUUUUUGGCUUUACAGUUUUUUAUUUGAUAUUUUGAACUAACACCUACACCAAUAAAACAAUACUUAAAUAAUG